CCCCUCGAGCCCUACCCUGACCACCUCCCCCCAGAUCUGCUCUCGUGGCCACGCAACCCGUCACGAUGCAGUCUAUUCGGCAACCGCUGCGCUCUGCCCUCUCAAAAGCCGCAACCAGGCAGUAUGCGACGGCGUCCUCGCAGUAUGCCGAGACGAUUAAGAACCUUCGCAUCAACAGUGACACAAAGGUUCUGUUUCAGGGCUUCACGGGAAAGCAGGGAACCUUCCACGCACAGCAAGCCAUUGAGUACGGCACAAAGGUUGUGGGAGGCACAAACCCCAAGAAGGCCGGCUCUCAGCAUCUUGGACUGCCCGUCUUCAAGAAUGUGGCCGACGCCAUCAAGGAGACGCAAGCUUCGGCUACCGCCAUCUUCGUUCCCCCGCCCGUCGCCGCCGCCAGUAUCGAGGAGGCCAUUACCGCCGAGGUCCCUCUGAUUGUGACUAUCACCGAGGGCAUUCCCCAACACGACAUGGUGCGCAUCACCGACAUGCUCAAGACGCAGAGCAAGUCCCGCAUGGUUGGCCCCAACUGCCCCGGUAUCAUUGCUCCCGGCCAAUGCAAGAUUGGCAUCAUGCCUGGAUUCAUCCACAAGCGCGGCCGCGUCGGUAUCGUCUCCCGCUCCGGAACUCUGACCUACGAAGCCGUCAACCAGACUACCCAAGCCGGCCUUGGCCAGUCGCUCGUUGUUGGUAUCGGCGGUGACCCCUUCUCCGGAACCAACUUCAUUGACUGCUUGAAGGUCUUCCUCAAGGACGAGGAGACUGACGGUAUCAUCAUGAUUGGUGAGAUUGGUGGUUCCGCCGAGGAGGAUGCCGCCGACUUCCUCAAGGAGUACAACACGGCCAACAAGCCCGUUGUCAGCUUCAUUGCCGGUAUCUCGGCACCGCCAGGCAGGCGAAUGGGCCACGCUGGUGCCAUUGUCAGCGGUGGCAAGGGUGAUGCCAACUCCAAGAUCACCGCGCUUGAGGCGGCCGGUGUGACUGUCGAGCGCUCCCCGGCCAAGCUCGGAUCUACUCUGUACGACCAGUUUGUCAAGCGUGACCUGAUAUAAGAGGACGCUACCAUGUUUUCUUCAACUGUUGAGGUGUGCAGGCUUACCGACUGUGGUUGCCGCACAGAGGUCGAUUGUACAUUCUAGUCAUUAAGAAAUUCAUGACAUUGCAUCUAGACGCACUC